AGCACCAGGGCGAUCGUGAGCAAUGCCGUGGCCACAGCGCAUGCCUUGCUGAGAGAAGGCAUUGGAAGCACCGACUUGCAUAGCACCCCGGAGCUCAUACGAGUGCCUGCUUUGUCAGUUGGGCCGCGGCUGAAGCUGGUGCAGCAGCCGCGGCUGUUUCCUUCGUUGCGGGAGGGCGCUCCGCUGCUGCUGGCGUCUGAGGCAUCCCUGGAGCAGGCGCUGCAGCAAUGCGACAAGGACGCGCCCUUCGUGCCGUGCCACACCAACAGACUCAGCUUCCUGGCACACGUCCUCAAGAUGGACGUGGCGACGGUGUGCGGCAGUGCCGCCAACGUCGGACUGACGCGCAUUUUCUCUCACGACCUCGUCCGCCUUGCGAGAAAUGUGGACGCCUUCAACUACUACCGCAUCCCGCGACCGGACAUCAAGGUCCACUUCGACGCUCUGCUCUACCCCAUCGACAAGAUUGAAAGCCGGUUGGCCGCCAUAGCGAUUGCCCAGAACAGUCCAGAGGUGCUGUCCGCACUCCGAGCCUCUGCGUCGCUCACCAACUCCUCGUGUGACCAGCUACACCGAACUCUACGGGAACAAGCAAGAACUGCCACCUCAGAUCCUGCUCAUACGUUGGCCAGCUUGCUUCAAGAUUCAACAAGGGAAGAAAAUAUUUCAAUUAGUACCGAGUGUUCUGACUCGUCACCACCGCUUGUGUCAGCUACAGUAGCCGCAUCUGGAGCGGAGAAUAAUGUUGAUGAUGCUGACAGAGUGAAAAAUGAAUUGGACGCUUCUGGCGAAGACAGUCAUGUGUUGGAUUUGCUGAAGAAUUACGUACCACCAGUGCUCUACCUCACCAUCAGCUCCCAGUUUGUAUUCGAGAGGUACUUAUACUCGAAGAGGAAGCCCCGGCGCUGGCGAUGAUCGUGAGAACAUGUCAUUUGAUGUGCCAACAGUUGCAUACAUGUAAAUGGUAUUAUUCCUGAAGGAAACCAUCAGUCAUAUAACUAGUAAAAUUAUUUGAAGUACCGGUAACUAUUAUAGGAUUCACUGCGAACAUCAUGAUUAUGGUGUAUACAGGGAGAAGGGAGACAGGAUAAUAAAACGCUAUCAAUUGAUCAGUCUUCAUCAGUAACAAGUAUCAACUAUAUUCUCGCAAACGAACGUAUAUAUAGUUGUUGAAAUUUAUACCCACAUCUCCACAUAUUACGAACGUUGAUGAAUGGAAUUGCAUAAUCAAUUAUUUAGUAGCCCUGCUGGGAAAUCUCUCUAACUAGUUACAAUAGUUCACAGUUUAACAAUUAACGAUCACAGAGCGGAUUCGUCCACCUCACAAAUAAUGUACCAUGAUAUUGUAUAAAAGGUAAAAAAGUGGCAAGUUAUUUUUUCAUUUUACUAAAGUUGGGCGCGGAAACUUUAACUUUUCCGGGAACGUUCUUGGCGAGGUCAGAGUCGCGGACGGCUCUGAUGAGGUCCGCCUCUCGCGCCACCUGCGGCUUGGCUGCCAGGAACAGCGACACGGCGGACUUGCAGGCUUUGCCCUUCUUGCCCGUCCCUGGCGUCAGCUUCACCUUGUACCUGAGCACGAAUCUUGUGUAAUUAUUUCCUCAAAUUUCUGAUUUUAUUAUAAAUGUCAUCCUUUCAAUAGUUUCCAGUCUGAAUAAAUCAUACGGAGAUUUCGACUGUCGACACCGGCUUACAUCGAUUCUGUGUCUAUACACCGGCUUGUAUUAAAUGGUAAAAUAAAUGCAUAUUCUGAUUUCAUUAUAAAUGUCAUCCUUCAAAUAGUUUCCUGUCUUAUUAUUAUCGAUCAUACGGAGAUUUUGACUGGCUUGCAUCGCUGUCUAUACACCGGCUUGUAUUGAAUGGUAAAAUAAAUGCAUAUUUCUGAUUUUAUUAUAAAUGUCAUCCUUUAAAUAGUUUCCUGUCUGAAUAAAUCAUACAGAGAUUUCGACUGUCGACACCGGCUUACAUCGAUUCUGUGUCUAUACACCGGCUUGUAUUAAAUGGUAAAAUAAAUGCAUA